CGAGCACACGGGACCGAGCGAAGUCACGACUUCGAAACCGCGCGAAUCGAGUGGUCGUCGGAAUCGGUGGUGCGCACGUGUAUCCCGGGCCUGCGACCAAAAAAAACGUCCGGUUCUGUUGUUGUUGUUGUUGUUAUUGUACUUGCAAGGAUCAAGGCAAGGUUCAGCGUCUGAUCAGCGUGCCAGCGACGAAGGGAGUGCCCCACAAGCUAGAUCCCUCCGUGUUUCGUGAAUUUCUUUAGUAAUUGUGUGUAUCUGUGUGUGUGUGUGUGUGUGCCAACGAGGGCCUACGCGAGAGUUCUGUGUCUGUUAGUGGUGCGUGUUAGUGUACUAAGCUAUCCAAAUAGGUGCACACUGUUGAUAGUGUAGUUGAUCCUGUUUUUUAUCUUCAGUGGCCAAGGGCACUACGCGAAGUGCUAAAGCUAACCGUUCGCGUGCAUUCGCGUGCGUAGCUGCAGCUACAGUUCUACGGGACCAUCGUGACCAGCCAAGGACAGAGCAGAACAUUGAAAACAAGCAACUGUGGCCAACUGUGGUCAGCCGGAGAGGUCAGCGAAACGGUCAGCGAAACGAUGAUGCGACGUUCCCGGAGCAGUACCCUGUUCGCGGCGGUACUGGUGAUCCUAGCGAUCACGAUUCGACAAGCAACAGCCAGUGCAUCAUUAUCUGGAUACCGGGAACCUUGUACGAACGAAGGCGAAGAGGUUAAAAUCAGCCAUUCAUGCUUCAAGUGUAUCUGCAAGAAUGGAUUCGUGGAGUGCGAACAGCAGAGCUGCCCGGCGGUCGACGAUUGUUUCGUGUUGCAGAAGCGAGAUCCGGAAGCGUGCUGCGAAAAGUGUAUCGGAUGUUUAUUCGAGGGCCGGCACAUCGACAGCGGUACCGAGUGGACCGAUCCGGAUGAUCCCUGCAUGCACUACAAGUGCGUUUCCGGGGUGGUCACCCGGUCGGAGAUGAAGUGCUACACGCCCUGCUCCAAUCCGAUCGCACCCCGCAAGGGUCAGUGCUGUCCGACCUGCUUCGGAUGUCAACUGAAUGGCCAGAAGGUGCUCGGUGAGGCGACGCUGAGUGAAGAUCCGUGCGUCAAGUGUACCUGCGCUGGCCACAAGCUGACCUGCACCAAGAAGUCCUGCCCAGUGCUACAGUGCCCGCUGACGAAACAGAUCCGCACCCCGGGUGAAUGUUGUCCGCGGUGUGGCGAACGUCGCGAAGAGAUCAACAAUGGUUCUCCGAUGUGCAUUAUCGGCAAGGCGGUUUGCUUCCCGGGCAAUACGUACCGAGGUGAUCAGUGCUCGGACUGUACCUGCCAGAAUGGAACGUCCGUGUGCCACAAGAGCACCUGCCCGAUACUGGAGUGUGCGAUCGAGGAUCAGAUGCGAGAACCGGGCGAAUGCUGCCCGUCCUGUCCGAUACCGGCCGAAAUCCGGAGCACCUGUACGAACGCCGGCAAAGUCUAUCAAAACAAUGAAACCUGGAGCCUGAAUGCGUGCACAUCCUGCGAGUGCCGCGCCGGCGAAGUCCGCUGCGCCAACAUCCACUGUCCGAAGCGCAAGUGUGGUCCCAACGAGUCGCUCGUCCGUUCGGCCAACGAAUGCUGUCCACAGUGCGUCGAAAGUCCGGGAGUCUGUACCGUGUUCGGUGAUCCGCACUACAAAACGUUCGAUGGUAACUUCUACAGCUUCCAGGGUUCAUGCAAGUACCAGCUGACGGCGGAUUGCGUCGGGCAUACCUUUUCGAUCCGUGUUACCAACGAUGCCCGAAUGACCAAGUACAGUUCGUGGACCAAGACGGUCACACUGAAGCUGGAUGGCGUAAAGGUGAACCUUGGCCAUCGGAUGCGCGUCAAGGUGAACGGUACACGGGUCGAACCACCGUACAAACUGGCCGGUACGCUCGACGUCUACCGCAGCGACGACGAUACGGAGGUAAUCGUGGAGACCGGACUCGGCGUGAAGCUUUCCUGGGAUGGAUUCAACUUUAUCCAGGUGCAGGUACCGACGGUGUACAAGGGGAAGCUGUGCGGUCUCUGCGGUAACUACAACAGCGUCUUCCGGGAUGAUCUGUUUACGCGCGCCGGUCUCAACAUGACGCACAACGUGUGGCGCUUCGCCCGUUCCUGGGCGGUCGGUGGUCCGAAGGCGUGCACACGCCAGCGCAAGAACGAACUCGGCGCACGGCACCCGCAGUGCAAGACGAAGAAGUUCUUCACCUUCUGCAAGGCGCUCCGUACGGCCGAAGUGUUUGGCAACUGUAACUCGCUGCUCAAUCCGGACAACUACUUCGAAUCGUGUAAGUUCGAUAUGUGCGAGUGUCCGCAUCGGCAGUGCUACUGUGACAGUAUGGCGGCGUAUGCGCACGAGUGUGUCCGGCAGGGUGUACAGUUGCCCGAUUGGCGCACGCUCACCGGUUGCAGCCGGAAUGCGACGCUUUCCGCAUCGGCCGCCGCUGCUGCCGUGGCUCAGUAUCAGAAGCAACUGCUCGAGCAGCAGCAGCAGCAGCAGCA